AUGGAAAGUAGUCAUGAAAAUAUAGAGCAAAGGAAGUCAAGGCGUGUAUGGACCAGCUUUGAAGAAGAAUCUUUGUUGAAUGUUCUUGACGGAAUUAUUGUUGGAGGACAAUGCUGCGACACUGAAAGUUUCAAAUAUGGUACUUUAAUCAAAAUAGAGAAUGCUUUAAAUCUUUUAUGUCCCAAUUCCAAUAUGAAGGCAAGUCCACAUAUUGAGUCAAAGUUGAAGAAACUUAAGAAAGAUCAUAGAAUAAUCUAUGACAUGAUGAACAAGAGUGGAUUUGCAUGGAAUGAUAUCAAAAAGUGCAUUGAAGUUGAUAGUAAUGAAGUAUGGGAUACGUAUUUGCAGGCAAAGGGAUGGAGAAACAAGAAGUAUCCAUUAUCUGAUAGACUAGCUACCAUCUUUGGGAGUGACCGUGCUACUGGAAAUGGGGUUGAGGUCCCUGCUGAUAUGAUGGAGGAGCAGAGCAACAAUGAAGAUGGUAUAGGCCUUGUGAAUGACACAAGCCCCAUGUCAAUGAGCAAAGAUAGCACGGGACAAUCUCAGGUCAGUCAAAAAAAGAGGAAAAGAAAUUAUGAAGAUAAACUUAUGCUUGCAUUGGAUAAAUUAUUUGAAGAAUCUGGAAAAAGAAUGCAAGCAGUGACUGAUGCUAAGGAACUUAAGAAAAUGGGACUUUCUGUUCUAGACCAAAUUGAGGCAUUGAAAAUCAUUUUAGAUAAGCCCCAGAAUAUCUCUGUGUUCAUGUCCUUAGAUGAUGAAGUGAGAAAAGUGUAUGUCAAGAACUUGCUUGCGGGCACUGCUAGAGGAUCUACCUAG